AUGAGAAACGAAGAGGCUGUUGUUGCGCAUCGUUCAUCACCACCAUGGACGGCACUGCAAAUGCUUCUGCUAGCUAUGCUUUUCGUAUCGUCAUUAAUUCAGACUAUUGAUUCAGAAUCUGACGGCAUCGAAUCAGUCCAAUGGCAGAUCAUCAACAAGCUAAAUUUCUCCUCUCAGAUUCGACUCCAUUCCUGUAUUCUUUUCAUGGUCACUGUUCCAUGGUCUGGUGAGUCACGAUCCCUUAAGAAGGAUAUAAUUCAUGCAGUUUCUAAUCAGCAAGACAAGUUUGGCACCCUAAAGUUGAUGCUCUUAUAUAGAAAUAGUGAGAGAAUGCUGGCAGAUGCCCUUGGUGCUACCGAGGGAAUUACAAUUCUGUACUACCACCAUUCUUUGUCUUAUAGAUAUCGAGGGAGGCUUCGGGCACAAAAUAUAUUAUCUUCUGCGCAUUAUCUUAUGUCGCUUCGGCCCGAAGAAAUGCCUCUCAAAUCUUUGAAUACACCUGAGGAUUUGAAAACAUUCCUUGAAUCAACUGAUAAGGCUUUACUUCUCCUGGAAUUUUGUGGAUGGACUCCUAGAUUACUGGCCAAGGGCAAGAGCAAUGAGACUGAAAACAUUUAUGGUUUUAAUGGAGAGACCAAUGGAACAGUAGCAGGCGAAGGGAAGAAAAACCAGAAGGGGAUGGAAAAUGAAAAGAUGAACUGUGGUGUUGACAUUGGUUUUAGUGGAAUUCCUUGGCUUAGGGAAUUUACCUUGGUAAAUGAGAGUGCUUUCUUGAAGGCAGAGAAUAUGACGCCUGAUAGUGGGGUUUCAUGUAGUUUUGAAGAAUUCCAUCGGUUUGAAUCAUUUCUAUCAAAGUUCAUGGUUGUUGCGAGAGAGUUCUUCUUGCCUCCUGAAAGGCUAAGAUUUGGUCUGGUUCCUGAGAGAUCUUUGAUUUCAUCUCUGGGUAUUGCAGAAUCUAGUUCAUGGUUGUUGAUACAAUACUCUUCGCAAUGUCCUAGCUGUUCAAAGGUUCUUAGAGAAGGGGAUGAUCUUAGAAGUUUUCUAGAGACGCAAACUCCACUUGUGACAGAGGCAAGUUUAUCUGUUGUGCUCUUCAAUCAUUAUCUUUUGAUCCAGCUUCUUUUUAAGGUCUUUCAAUCAGGUGAUUAUUGCCUGAUUGUUGCCCAGUCCUGUUGUCUGCGGAUACAAGUGCAGUACAAUGUACAUUCAACUAGCUCAAUCCCUAAAAACAUAAACCACUAUGCUAACAGAGUAGGAUACAACUGCUACCCCCAAUUUAUCGACAAUAAUCCAAACGAUGAAGUGAUAGGAUCACCAUGUUAUUGCGGGUAUGCUUUAAAGUCGGGAACCCGAUCACCCACUCUAUUCCAGGCAUGCUUUCAGCCAGAGAAUCAAAAUAUCCACAAGAGCCCUCAUGAAAGGGAAGAUGAAGAGGUUUAUCACCUUGAUUGUCAUGUAAUGAUUGAACAGAAGCUUUACUGGCUUGAAAUGGAUGAGAAUUCUUGGGGAAACACUGUUAUUUUUAAGUGGAAUGGAUAUGGGAGUAUCUGUGUUUCGUUAGAUUUGGGGAGUGUUAAUUGGCUGGAAGAAGUUAUGGCUGAAUCUAUACGGUGGAAUUCCUGCAAAACUUUUUCAAGACAGUGUAGAAGCAAGUCCUCUUGUUUUGGGUGA